AUGUCAAGGUCAGAUGAUGUUGUUGUUAGUCGGUAUUAUAGCGCUGGUGAAUUAACACCUCACAUAUCAAUGAAUCGUGAAGUCGAUGAUCUUCAUAUCACCGCUAUGUCUUCUUCCGACACAAGUUCAGAUUUAGAAUGGAAGGAAUUUGAUGAUUCCGAUUAUGAAAACAUAAUUACAUCAAAUCCAUCAAUAACCUGUAAUGAAAGUAAUAUUGAUAAUGACGAUUCAGCAAUUAAAGCCACAAGGUGGACACUCCCUGGUACAUCUUUACCAUCACUUUUGUCAUCUCCACAUCCUUUGCAAGAUAGAACCUCGAUUCCUGUAAAGUUAACGAAUUCCAUGAUUAAAUCCGCCAUAGAUAAUUCUAAUGAAAAUGAUUCGAAUUAUAUUGAUGAUGAUAACAAAAGUUCUGAUUUAGGUGGAAUUAUCGUUACAACUGUAAAAGUGAUUGAGGUUUCUGUUUCGCAGUUAAAUACGCAUCAGGAAUCUACAUCAUUAACUCAAGAACAAGAAAUAAUUUCAGAUCCUCCAACAAAGAUAACUUCGCCUUUGAAAACAUCCGGAAAUUCUCAACAAAUUCAAGGUGUCAACAGUCAUCAAUCAAAUAAACGACACGCCAUUAUAAAUUCAAGUAAAAGAAAGAACAAUGAUGAUGAUAAGGUAAAGCAAAGGAAGGAUUCCACAAAAGGAAAGCAACGUUCAGGAAUACCGAUUAAAAAAGGGAAACUGAAUCAAGUUGUUACCGUACAAGAUAAGAAUAAUAAUACUUCGGAAAUUCCAACGUCAAAGCCACAGAAUUCAAACGUAAAUAGAACACGAUCUACGAAACGUACUCCUUUAAAACGUUCACAGCAAGUCGUGAAAAAAGGUACAAGAAGACGUCGUCAAAUGGAAUACGCUCCCACAUCAAAUCCUUUAUCAAGUAAUGACCCAACUGAUAUGGAAGCAGAUUUGCCUCAAAUAAAAAGCCAAGGUUUCCCCUGGAUACCUGGUCCAAUUGGUCCUCCAAAAUUAAUUCAUGCUUCACUUAUACCUUUACCUCAACAUAAUAAGAAACGUUCGACUUCUAAUCAAAUGCACAAAAAAAUUCCAUCGAUACAAGUGGAUAAAUCUUCAAGAUCAUUUUUACAAUCAUUUAACCCUAAAAAUGCAUUUGCUGGCUUAAAGUCGGAAUCAUCUAGUUCGACGAAGAAGACACAACAAGCAAAUCGUGCUUCACAAAUAUUUAGAAGACAAUUGUUGGAACAAAGCUUAGCCGCGUCAUUUACUGAAUUGGUGGUAGCUAACGCGGCUCAACAAAAUCUGAAUCAACAAAGGCCACUAAUACGUAAAAGGACGAAAAAAAGCAGUAACGCGAAACUUGAAGACAGAGAAGUAAGGAGAGAAAGGCGAAGAAGGGAGAGAGGAGUAAAUAAAAUGGAAGCGAAUGGCAUAAACAAAACUGAAGUAAAGUUAGAGAAUAACGACGGCAUAAAGAGUAAAGAAGUAGGAACGGGAACGAGAUCGAAUGUAACAUCGAAAAAAGUCGUGACGUCCGAAAGAAAAGAAUCACAAAGUUCAUCACAGCCAUCGUUUAGGCGUAAAACAAAUGAAAACAUCACACCUACUGAUUUAAAAUUGAAACAAAAAACAACAAACGAUUUGUCACCAAUCCUUUGCAAUUUACCAACUAUGGCUGGAGAAAUUAUGAAGUCAACUUUUUCCGAACAACCACCAUUUCCUACUCAUUUAUCAUCACGAAAAAGUUCAGAGCCGAAAAGAAAUAAUUUUAGUGUAGGACCACCACCUCUUUUUUUAAUUAAUUCCGCGACCACAACACCUUCAGAGGAAUUGGACAUCUUAAAAGAUUUUAUUAAACCGACGAUUGAUAAUAUUGAAAAAGAUUCCGAGAAUCAGGUCACGUCACCUAUAUUUACAUCACCCGUUGUUACUUCACCAGUUUCAUCAAUACCUGUUCCUACAACGCCAAGAUUUAACAAACGUGGAAUGAGCUUUUUUGGUUUUUUCAAUAAACGUGAACAAUCGAGUCAACCAACAUCCCUGCAUGGCUCCCCAACAAUCCCGUUAUCUCCAAGAUCUCCAACAAAUUUCUCUUUAUCACCGAGAUCAUCAAGUUUUUCUCUCUUACCCCGAUCACCAAAAUCACCAAUAAAGUCUCCAACAAGCUUUUCUUUUCUACCACGAUAUUCACGAUCACCUUCGCCAAAUCCUCCUCCAUCUUCUUCUUCAUUAGCAUCGCAUAUACCAAUAACAAAAACGCCCGCAUCAUCACGAGCAACGUCACCGAACCCCUUAUCAUCACGAUCUUCAAGUUCAAAUCCUCCGAAAUCUCGAUUUACGAAGCCAAAUUCGCUGAAAUCGCGAUCAACGACACCAAAUUAUCCACUGUCUCCACGCUCACCUCUGUCUCCAAGAAUUCCUUCAUUGCCAGGAUCACCCAAUUUUCCUAGUUCUUCAAGGCCAUUAAGUCCCGGAGGAUCUGCAAGCUCUGGUUACACACGUCAACAAACAAAGUCACCGGCAGCGACAGAAAAUUCCGAAAAGCUACGAAAGAUGCAAAAAUUUGAAGAAAUUAUAGCAAAAUCAGAAGCAAAUAAUAAAAGUACACGUAUAGGUAAAAUACGUUCAUUAAAAACUGCUUUAACGACGACUUCUACCGCGUUGGCUUCUCCAACAUUAAUACCAGCUUCGUCAGUAACUGGUUCAAUUAAGGGGGACUACUCAGCUUCGUCCUCGACGAUAUCAACAAACACAAUGGAUAUCAAUAAUAUAGUAAAUAAUUCAAAUUCCAAAGGUAAAGAAAUGACAAAUGACAAUCGGGAUUCGGUCAAUUCCGAUAAUUAUAAUCCUGACGAAAAUGAAAACAUCGGCAAAAGUUCAAUUAACAAGGAUGAUGUCAUAAGAGUAACUUUAACUCCUGCUGUUUGCCGAUAA